AUGCAUUAUCUAUUACUUGUUCUUAUUGGCGUCUAUGCUGUUAAUGGUGCAACACUACUUGGCAAUAGAUGUCAAGCUGAAUUUCGCAAAGCACAUUUAUCUAAAAAUUUGAAUGUAUCAGUUGCACACACCAUCCAUUCAUUAACCGUUCCAGCUUUACGUUUAUUCAAUCCACGUGCAACUGUCGACAAUCACAUUCCAACUGUUAAUCAAAAUUUACAUGGUACCGGACCAAAAGUAGUGAUGUAUGCCCCCGAUGAGAUUCUACCAACUGGUUAUUAUGGAUUCACAAUGCAAAUGAUUGAUAAAAUUCUAUCAAUGAUUGGUAAACAAGAUGAUGGCCUAGGUCCGCAUUGGUCAGCAGUCGAACGUAUCGCACACAAAUUUCACAUGUGGGAUCUGUGGGCACGUUUACAACCAGAAGUUGAAAAACUAAAUCCCAAACCAUCAGAGAAAUUAUGUGCAUGUUUAUUAGAUACCGAAAAGAAUGGCAUUCUUGAAGCUGUACAAUGGAUAGCCAAUCAUUAUGAAAGCGGUACACCAAUAACAUUGUUAGAUAGACCAAUACCCAAGUUAGUAGACGCAAAAGCAUGGGACUUCUGGAAAAAUGAUUUACUUCAUUAUUAUGACGCAGAAUCCUUACAUGAUGCAGCAACAUAUUUACAUUGUGCAACAAAGGAUUUUUAA